AUGCUUCUGUUGGCUUUUUGGCGUACUUCCGUUAUAAUUUUCAGCUGCUCGGAGUAUAUUGAGAUAUUCCCGUUCCUACGGGAGCCCGUCAUUGAGAACUCGACUAAGCCGGAUUAUGUUAUUUGCAAUCGGACCACUGUCACAGCGACCAGUGUGUCGGCAUUAACAGUAACAGCUACUCGUACAGCGUCAGUAGCAACUUCGUUAGCUACUGAUAGUUUUACAACAACAAAACCAAUGAAAACAACAUCACUCACAAAUGAGGCAGUGGUCAAUGAGAAAUCGAAUUCCGUUAAGGUUAGCACUGCAUCGUCUAUGGCUACACCGGCAGCGAGUAUCAAGAAAGCAAUGAUAGCAAAGAGUAGCGCUGCCAACCAUUCUCAUUUAACGGUUUUUACUACAAAUAAUUCUGCUGCCGACGUUGCUGUCGGUGAUUUACGUAGCAGCGAUGAGUUUAUUUAUAGUGCAGGCAAAAUUUUCGGCAUUCGUAUACGUUUCAAACAGCAGCACCAGCAGCAGCAACAACAACAACAGCAUCAAGGGGAUGUCCUCAAUUGGCCGCUCAACAUAACCGGAGAAUAUCGAUUCCUGAAGAAAGAAUAUUUUCAAAAUGACGGACGUCUAAUACCCGGAUCAUAUUGUGACUACUACUUUUUUGCUGAUGCCAAUGCCAAGCCGCAAACCUUUGAAAUCUGGCAGUAUUUCCAUUCACCACGCUUUCCAGCUAAAUAUCCAGCGCACAUUAAAUGUGCCUACAAAUUUAUUGGCAGACCAGAAAGUCGAGUGGAAAUAGUUUUUGAAGAGCUGCAGUUACCAAAAGAGAAGAACAGUUGCAGCAUGGACAAAUUAACAAUUUUCGAUUCAGAAUCGGCCAAUAUGAAUGCAGUAAUUGAUGUAAUUUGUGAUGCGCUGCCAACACGACGCAUAAUUAGUUCCGGCCCUGAUUUGCUAAUUGAAUUUAAUGCCAGUUCUAAUAUUACAGCUAAAGGAUUUCGCGGCAAAUUCAAAUUUAUACAUAAUGAAAUUGAAAAUCCAUUAGUGCCAGCAAUCCCGAAUGAUAUGACAACAGAGAAAAUAAUCGCUUUGGAAAGAAUUGGCUUAAUGAAAGCGACGCAACGUGCUGUACUUACUGUUGAAGAAUGGGCAAAAUUUUUCAAAGAUAAUGGUAAGUAA